AAUUAAAAUCACAAAUAUCCUUUCUAAAUUUUUUUUAUAUAUAUUUCUUCCUCUCCAAAAGAAUUAAAAGAAGAAAAAAAAACCCAAAUCAAAUUUCUAUAAAUAAAACCAAUCUAAGGUUGAAGCUUUUGAUGAAAAGUACUGCAUGGCAGAUCCAGAAGACAACAAAGCUUCAGAAAUGUUUUUGAAUUUCAGUAGAGAGAUGGAGAUGUCAGCUAUGGUUUCCGCUCUGACCCAUGUCGUCGCCGGCGACGUCCCGGACAGAGAUGCUUGUUAUGAUUCCACAUGGACCUCUUCCUCUGUUUCUGCUCCCGCCGAACCUUCCAACCUUCAUGGUGGCGGUGGAUAUAAGAGAGGCCGAACAUUGGCGCUGGAAGACGGUGGCUCUGUUUCGACUUGGCCAUCAUCCGCUGCUAUUUCAGGAGAUUCAAGCAAUGUAGUAAUUGUAAGGCCACAAACAGGGUCGGCAACGGUGGAAAAUUCCGUUUACGAAUACGGCGGAGAGAUUACAACCGCGGCGGAGGAACCUCCGGCGAGAAGAAAAUACAGGGGCGUACGGCAGAGGCCAUGGGGGAAAUGGGCAGCAGAGAUACGAGACCCGUACAAGGCGGCGAGAGUUUGGUUAGGUACUUUUGACACGGCAGAAUCCGCCGCACGGGCUUACGACGAAGCCGCUCUCCGGUUUCGAGGCAGUAAAGCCAAGCUCAACUUCCCGGAAAAUGUCCGUCUCCGGCAGCUUCCGACCACCGAAUAUCCGAUUACCCAUUUUACCAAUUCGAGUCCUACAAACACCGUUUUGGCUAUUCCGACACAUUCCGAACCGAUUGUUAGUUAUCGGCCAACUUUUAACCUGCAGAGCUCUUCCGAUGCUUCGCCGGGGAACUUCCUCAACUUCUCCGACGGUCAGUUACAGACGCCGAUCGACAUGUACAGUGAAAUUAACUUCUCGUCUUCAUCAUCAAUGGCUUCCUCUUUUUAUUCUUCUUCCGCCGGACAGUCUAAUCCUCAAUUUUCUUCGUCGUCAUCGUCAUCUUCUUCGCCGGUGGUUUCUCUUUCUUUCCAACCUUUGUCAUUCCCCGGUCGUCGAGACAGCGCCGGCGAUAAUGAACAAUAUUCAACUGCCGGUUGGUCUGAAUUUUUCAAUCAUGCUACCUCGUCGGGAUGAUUACGUUAUUUGUUUUGGGAUUUCCGGUCGAGUUAGGUAAUUGAAUUAGUAGAGUUGAGGUUGAGACUUUUUUCCUCUUCCUUUUUUAGGGUGUGGAAAAUUGAGUUUUUUUUUUCUUUUUUCUUUUUUCUUUUUUCUUUUUUAAUGGGAUUUAGUCACUUGGUUUUAAUUUCAAUUUUGAUAAUUUUUUUUUUCAAUAUGAGAAAGCAUUAGUCUUUUCAACA